GACUCGCUAGGGAGGAGGCGUAGGAGGAGGAAGAGGAGGAGGAGGAGCGGCGAGUAGCUGGGCACGCGGAGCGGGCCGGGCCUGGCGCUGCCUUUGCCGCAGUUGCGAGGGCCGCCCCCUGCGGCACGGAGCCGCCAUGAAGGCCAUUAUCCAGCGCGUCGCGCGGGCCAGCGUCACAGUUGGAGAGGAGCAGAUAAGUUCCAUUGGACGGGGCAUUUGUGUGUUGCUGGGUAUUUCUAUGGAAGAUACACAGAAAGAGCUGGAACACAUGGUUCGAAAGAUUUUAAACCUGAGGGUAUUUGAAGAUGAGAGUGGGAAACACUGGUCAAAAAGUGUGAUGGACAAACAGUUUGAAGUGUUGUGUGUCAGCCAGUUUACUCUUCAGUGUAUUCUGAAAGGGAACAAACCAGACUUCCAUAUGGCGAUGCCUACGGAGCAAGCAGAGACUUUCUACAACAAUUUCCUUGAGCAACUUAGAAAGGCUUAUAAACCAGAGCUCAUAAAAGAUGGCAAAUUUGGAGCCUACAUGCAAGUUCAUAUCCAGAAUGAUGGGCCUGUGACUAUAGAACUGGAGUCUCCAGCGGCUGCUGCUGCAGAUCCCAAGCAGCUUUCAAAGCUUGAAAAACAGCAGCAGAGAAAAGAAAAGACCAGAGCAAAGGGACCCUCUGAGUCAAGUAAAGAAAGAAAUGUCUCUCGCAAGGAUGACCCCAGUGCUAGCAGUGGGGCAGAGGGUGAUGUAUCCUCUGAAAGAGAACCAUGAUCAAGAAAAUACUGGUUUCAGUGCAUCAUCUUGGGGCAGAAGUGGAACCUGAAGAAUACCCAGAAGACAUAAAGUACCUACACCUCAGAGACGUGGACUAAAAGAUUUGGAAAGGGAAAAAAGG